CCCGCCCCGAAUCCGGAGACAUAAAUGCUGACUGAGCCACCACGGAGAAGUUGCUAGCUGCCAAGUUUGCUGUGCCUACUGCGGUGAGCCAAGGAAGCCGGGACACUCUCUGUCGCUGAGACUUUGCUCACCGCUUUCCAGCCUCCUGCUGACUUCUUCCCCGCUGGGCCUAUAGUUGUGAAGCCUUUUUCAUCUUUUCACAACCGCAAAAACCACUAGCGGCUGAGGCUCCAAAGAGAUCAAGAUGUGGACUGCGCCAGUGUUGUUUUGGAUUUUCGGGAGUGCGUGGUUCUGGCACUUUGCUCAGGGAGGGGCUGUAGGCUGGCUAGAAGAUGAUAUUGUGACCCCAGGUACAGGAGAUGGCAUGGUGAUCCCAGGUCUAGAUGACGGAACAUCAAUCACAGGUGCUACUGGAGGACUGAAUGAACCCACUGGCAAGGCACCUCUGGUACCAACCGAGAGAGAGAGUAGAACAAAUCUUCCCAUUGAGGAAUUCUCAACCCCAGCAAUCCCAGACGAUGAUGACAAAGAGCAUAUGACCACAACCACUGUCAAAAUGGUGACUAGCCACUCUGCGGAUAAGGAAACAAGUCACCCCAACAGAGAUAACACAGCUGACGAAACACAGACAACAGAUAAGAAAGAGGGCUUGGCAGUCGUGACCCUGGUUGGAAUCAUAGUUGGUGUCCUGUUAGCCAUCGGCUUCGUUGGAGGGAUCAUCGUUGUGGUUAUGAGGAAAAUUUCUGGGAGGUUCUCGCCCUAAAGAGCUGAGCAGAUCCGGCUGUUCUCCCAACACACCAGAAAAUAAGAGAGCUUCCAGCUUCCCCCGUUCCCCGUCCUCCACUUGUGGAGGAAGAUGACCCAUGGAAUGGCCACCCCACCCACAGCCAUGGCGACUCCUCCACUCUCAGAAGUACCAAAAGAAAGACAGAUGAGAAGCCAUGGCCCCUUGAAGCAUAUGCCUUUGGAAAACAGACGUUUUUAAUAUAAAUUUUAUAAUCGAUGAUUCAAAAGACAGCAUGUAUAGAUAACUGAGAGAAACUACAUAAACUGGCUUGUAACCAAGACGGCAUCACCAACUGGCUUUAGCAAGUGUAACCAUAGCUUCAUCCUGGUUAUUCCCUGCUACUGGUAAGAGGCAGAGGGAUCUGGAAAUGUUUAUUGAAUCUGUGGAGUCCUUGGCUCCAAUGUUACGUCAAAGAAAUACGGGCUUUUUUGCAGUUGCUAACCUGUUGAUAUGUACACAUUCCAUCCUAGUGGGGUCUGUGUUUAAGUGUGUUUGAGUCAUUGAGUUGCAAGUGUAAACUUAAAAUUCAGGCAUGAUGAACAGCUCCUUAAGGGAGUCUGGUUGGACCAUUUCAGAAGCAUCCAUUGUGGCUUCACUCCUAGGAGGAUACUUUGCUGUUUACAAUUCUCUAAACCAUCUCUACGCCACAAUGACUUGAUGGCUCAGAGGUCUGUCCCCUCCGCUUCUCUUGGGUGAUGGAAAGCCCAUAUUAAGGACCCAUGUCCUUACCUCCCUAGACUCAAACCUUAGGAUGACCUGCUUCUUUCUGGACUGUGGAUGUCUUAAUGCAGAUGUUGAAAAAGCUAUUGGAUGUCUUAGGAUGCCAUAGGUUUCACAGCUGUAGAACCAAGAGCAGAACUCGGUCCUGCUAUGGAUUAAGUAGACUCCUGUGUAUGUUUUGGUAUAGGAAACAAAGUGACCAGUAUCUAACAUCUGCUUUCUGCCUCCGAGGAAAGACAGGGAGAGCAAAAAUAAUCUCGUAUAAUCUUAGUUGCUUCUAUGUGGCUGGAUGUAAAGGUCUGAUUUUAAAAUAACAGGUACUUCCAGUCUUCAUGACAUACCACAUCUUUCCAUUGGUUCAAUCGAAAAGAUCAAAAUAAUGAGACCCAGGGUCGCCCUGCAUCUGCCAUCCAGCUCAGCCCUUCUUUUCUAGUGGAUGUAUAGAGUUCUCCUACAUGGUAUUUAACACUGGCCUGGCCAGAUAGUCUGUUAAAACUGUGAUUAUAUAGUCCUUACAUCCUCUAGCCUAGGAAGAGUUGACAGGAUGGGGAGAAAAGUAAACCAAUGUGCCUGUGUGUUGACCCAACCCGGCUGGCCCAGCAGGCUGCUCUCAUCAGCUGGCUAUGAGAAGCAGAUCACAGGAGUCCUGUGAGUGAAUCGUCUUCCUUCUCCUCAUUCAGAUUCCAAACUGGAACUAGAAGCAAUGCCCAUUUCUUCUUUCUCUCCUCUUUCCCUUCCCACCUCCAUCCCACCACCCUCACUGUGAAAAAUAACAGUCCAACCCCAGCUGUGCAUCAGAGUCAGUGCCUGCUGGGACAAGGCUGUGCUGUCUUGGUCACCUGUGUUGGUACCCAAUACAGUGUAGACAUCUUUUCAAAUAAAACAUGAUU